GCAGUAGGAUUGAUUCUGUCAUUUUAAUUCAGCCGUGUGUUUGCAGCUUUGUUGCUGGACAAGAGUGCUUGCUUGCUUUGCUUUUUUGACGUUUGUCGUGUGAAUGGUGGAUAAAUGCACUUCGUCGCAUGGGAAAAGACUGGACAUAGUCGCAGCUUAGUUUUAUAGUAAAAUUGAUUAAUCGGAUUGAUUGCUAGCGUUUUGUGUGAUUAGAUUAAUUAGUGCGGAUUGAUUGAAGGGGUAGUAACUAGCGGGUGGACGAUUACGGUUGUGCGAAAGUUAAAAAUUUAUAACUGGGCUGUCGCAAUCGAGUUGUUUUGUGGCGAGCGGAGUACAAUAGAUUCGAUACUUUCCUCAGGGUGUGUGUGAGUAUGCGUUUUCCAAGCGUUGCAAUCUGCUUCGAUAUCGGAACUAGCCAAGGUAGAUAGAAAACGAAGGAGGAGAGCGCUCGCGAGGAAGUUGUGCGAAAGCGAUACGAGUCGCCAGCCACGGCCUUCCCGUGUCCUCGCGGUAGCUGCGUCCCUGCGCUCGUCGUGCGUUUAUCCAAUGACCUUUCCUCAUAUGGGCGAUCACCUCGUAUGCCGCAUAUGUUGUCGAGCUGAUUAAUUCAUAUUCAUACAUUAAUUUGUUACGUUCUCCGCAUAAUGUCGAAUAAAAUCAAUCCGAAACGCCGCGAAGCGCCGAACGCAUCGUCCUCUUCGAGUUCAUCGCUCUCGUCAGCGGGCGGAGGCGACGGCGGAAUCCCAGCUGAUUUGGCAUCCCUUUUCGAGUGUCCCGUUUGCUUUGAUUAUGUCCUGCCGCCGAUUCUACAGUGCCAGAGCGGCCACCUAGUAUGUUCGUCAUGCCGCUCGAAGUUGACCUGCUGCCCGACUUGUCGCGGAUCGCUGGGCAACAUUCGAAAUCUGGCCAUGGAAAAAGUGGCUUCCAAUGUGAAAUUCCCAUGUAAGCACUCGAGUUAUGGCUGUACCGUUUCGUUAAUUUACACAGAGAAGACCGAGCACGAGGAGACAUGCGAAUUCCGCCCGUACCUCUGUCCGUGCCCGGGAGCAUCUUGCAAAUGGCAAGGACCCCUGGAGCUUGUAAUGCCACAUCUGAUGAUGUCUCACAAGAGCAUAACAACGUUGCAAGGUGAAGACAUUGUGUUCCUCGCUACAGAUAUAAACUUGCCCGGCGCCGUGGACUGGGUUAUGAUGCAGUCCUGCUUCGGUCACCACUUCAUGCUCGUACUGGAGAAACAGGAGAAAUUCGAUGGUCACCAGCAGUUUUUCGCAAUAGUUCAGUUGAUUGGUUCGCGGAAGGAGGCCGAGAACUUUGCGUAUCGCCUGGAGCUGAAUGGGAACCGGCGACGACUGACAUGGGAAGCAAUGCCGCGAUCUAUCCACGAAGGUGUAGCGAGCGCAAUCCUUAACUCAGAUUGUCUGGUCUUCGACACAGCUAUCGCCCAGCUAUUUGCCGACAACGGGAACCUGGGAAUCAAUGUAACAAUUUCCGUCGUUUAAGUUUAAAAAUGCUUUCAUAUACAAAGAAAAUCACCCAACGGUAACCAUACAUAAUUUAGAGUCGAUAUUGGACAUUCAUUCAAUCUCAUAGACUUAAUUAACAUUGAGACCAUCCCCAUUGUCGCCAUUUCAGAAGUUUCUUUCACGUUUGUACUCUUCCCCUCCUCGACUGGCAUCUAAAGUUCAUUUAAUUGUAGUAAUAAUUAUUAAUUUUUGUUUUGUUUUUCCUUUGUUUUAAUCGAAUUGAAGACCACUGUAUGAGGAACAUUUAUACGAAGAGUUGUUCUGAAGAAACAUAAUGAGUUAAGUAAAAAAUAUUUGAAUAGGAUAAAGAAUUGCAAGCUCCGGAUUGACUUCGUUAGGCUGUUGUAACAUACGAUCCAAAAUCUAUUGUAUUCACCCUUAUUGUAACAAUGUUUUGUGAACGAUUAUAAAGUAAUAAAAAUUAUACAUCUUAAGUCAUAGUGAA